AUGAGGGCUACUAAUGUCGCACAUACCGUCACCCUGCAUAUCGCUGGUCCACAAGUGGACGCCGCCGGAAUGAGAUGUUUAUCUAGCACGGCGAGGAUGUCCGAGCAGAUGUCUCUAAGCUCCUUUUCCACCUGUCCUCGGUAUUGCCGGAUCAUCUCCAGCUUAUCAUCGCCCCCCUUCGACUCCUCCUUCUGUUCGAUGGACGAGAUUAUCCUCCAGGAGGCUCUCCUGGCACCGAUCACGUUCUUGUAUGCGACGGACAACAGGUUCCGCUCCUCCACGGUCAGCUCCACGUCCAGCUUCGCCACCUUCUUCAUCGCCUCCACCAUUUCUGAAGAAAACAAAAUAUUAUGUGAAAUAAGAUAUUUCAAAGGGCGAGUGGGGAAAAAAGACGUACAAGAAAAGCUUAAACUAGUGGUCAGCGGUAAUCGAUCAUGUAAUUUCGAGAUUGUGAAGCUUGAAACCGCUACUCAUUCGGUUUUUGAGUAUGAAUUGUCGUCACUGGUAGCGUACCGGGACAUUAUCAACAUCGUGAAUCACCGUAAAGGAAUUCGCGAAAAUAUAUCUCGAAGCCCCUUAGAACCAUAUGACAUUAAAUAUCAUGUAGAAAUAGUCUCUAAUUUGAAGGAUAACUUCAAAAAUCGUUUCAAGGAUUUCAACGGAAUUGCAACAGUGGCGCAAUUUGUUGUUUUACCCUUCAUGGAAAUUGAUAUCCAACAGUUUGCAACUUCCGUUACGCAGAAUUUUAGCGUAGACAUCGCUGCGACAGAAAUGGAAGUGAUUGCGUUUCAAAAUGAUUUAGCUUUAAAAUCAUUAGUCUCAAAUACAAAAUGUAUCUGGCCUUCAGCAAGUAAAGACAAAUAUUCAGUUCAUGUCGUGUUGCCUUGA